AUGGGUCUUUAUUGUCAUUUUGAAACGAAAAACUCAAUAAUGUUGAAAAAUUUAUUGCAUGACACAUUAUCAUCAGAUGCUCUUCGUUUAAAAGAUUUACAAUCUGGUUUUGAAAGGCGUGUUGAAGUAAAUCAACGAAUGUUAAUUGAUAAAAUGCUUGCAUGUUAUUCAUCUGAUUUUGUUGUUUGUCGUGAAUUAAUACAAAAUUCUGAUGAUGCUAAACCAACCUCAUUUCAUUUUUGA